AUGCCUGAAAUAGACGAUGUGAUAAACCCGCCGCAUUACCGACCUCAACUAGACUACAACCCAAUGUCUUCUAUUGAAAGGUACACGGUUUUGCUUAAGGACGGAGAGACAACAGCCACAAUAUAUCCAAUCCAGAAUGCUGAUGAGCUACCGCCGGGGUUGUUGGCUUUCUUGUGUGACGAGUUCAACAUGGAGAUUGAACGUGGUGACACGAUAUCUUUCUUUGAUACUCUCCACAUUCUGAAUUUUCAGAACUAUUGGUUUGGCGCGUUCGCUGGAGUGAUGGUACUCGGUGAUUCAGCACAGUUGGAGGGCCCUAAACAAUGGGAGAAGGAAUGCUUAGGCACUUUCUUCGUGAAACCCAAUUACCCUGGCCGUGCUUCACAUAUCUGUACUGCGGGCUUCUUGGUCAACGCUGGUAUCAGAGGUAAAGGUAUUGGUAGAACCUUGGCUGAUUGUUUUCUCCAGUGGGCACCUAGACUUGGAUACACUUAUUGUGUUUUCAAUUUGGUGUUUGAAACUAAUGUUUCUGCUAGAAGGAUUUGGGAAUCGCUUAAUUUCAAGAGAAUAGGAAGAGUCAAGUCUGCUGGUAUUCUUAAAGGUCAUGAUACUGCUGUUGAUGCUAUCAUUUAUGGGCGAGAGUUGGUCACCGUUUCAGACGCUACGGUUGGCGCUUACAGGUUUGACAAGAUUAAGUUCUACUUGGAGACUGGCAAGUAUCCUGCAAUGGCUGACAGACAAGAGAAGUCUAGGCUACGGUCAUCUGCAUCUCAUUAUAGACUAGAAAAUGGUAAGCUUAUGCUUCGAGACAAGGAGGUUGUCAGUGACCCCGUAAGACAGCUUCAAAUUUGCACGGAGGUUCAUUUGUCAAACCAUGGAGGUAUCAACAAGACAACGUCUGCUGUGACCGAGAAGUAUCACUGGACAAGAAUCAAAGAUACGGUUGCGGCAGCGAUUAAGAACUGUAUUGCUUGCAGAGAGUCUGCAAGAGAGGAAAUUGCCAUCAAGCGUGCUGUUGUGCCAAAGAGAAUGCUUCUGAGCCCCGCUGAUAGUCGUCGUGACUUGAACCAUGUUGCUAACCAGAAAAGUUCACAGAAUAUGCGUCCUGCUAUACGACGUGACAAUGGUCAUGAUGAGGUUGACUCUAUGUCUGCUAUACAUGGUCUUCAGCAUCGUGAAUCCGAUAAUUUGUUGACUCAUGAUCUUACUGGACUUGAUGAUGGUCUAAUAGCCGUUGUGGAAGCUGCUCAAAGGCGUCAGCAAUCCUCACAGCACUCUAUGGAUCAGCAGAGAUCCACUCAUCAUGAUUCCGUAUCGAGAGAUCAUAGAGGUCAUAGCGCUCCUUCUUAUGCAGCUGUUGCUGCCUCUGCUGUGGAGCCUGACUCUCACAGAGCAUACCAAAACGACUAUUCAUUCCACUACAACGAGAAAUACAAUUCUUCCAAAGAACGCGAUAGAAACGAUGACGUUCCCGUUGAUCCCGAUGUUUCUGAAUUCGAUCAUAAUGUUAAUCCUGAAGGUGAUGAGAUCGAAAUCGCAAGAGCACUUAUGCAAUCUAAUGAUGUUGAUGACGGUUCUCCGGAGCGCAGCCAACAACACUUAUCCCGUCUGGAGAAGACCAGUGAACAGGACAGAGCUAACGAAGCAAACAUGUUUUUCAAAAACCAUUAA